GUUGGAGUUGAGGUGAAGAGCAUCAAAGUACAUGAGGUGGACCUCCCAUCCACACUCAUUUGUUCAAUGAGACAAAAGAGUAAUCUUCACCCCUCUCUCCCUCAUUCCUGCGGCCAGCACACCCCAAGCAAGAGGAAAACAUCUUCCAUUUUCCUUUUCUCCAUUGUUGAAGGGAGCUCAACAAGAAGGAAGCUCAAAGAAAGUAGUUAAAGUGCUAAAAGUGAGGAAAAGCUAGGAACUUGUAAAUGGUAUUUCAAGUGAUUUCACAAAGUUGGAAAAGUCGCCGGAAUUGUCGCCGGAGUUGACCAAAAGUCGCCGGAGUUUCACCGGAGUUCAACCAAGAAGGGUAGAACUUCAUAACGCUAGUUCAAGGUUGAAGCUAGGGCUUGCUACUUGCACCUUCUCACGGGUGAUAUCAAAUCAGGAAGACGUGAAAUGGAGGGUAGGCGAAUGGCAACAAGAAAUGACCCUAAGGGACAAGCGUCGGUAGCUUACCUUGAGGCUAGCCGGGCUGUGUCACGAGCCUUUACGGGGAGAGGAAUAGGUCAUGGGGGCCGCGAGGGCCGCCAAGCGGCAAGCGCUAGCCGAGUGGGCUCGAUGUGUAACAUGAACACCAGGAGGAACGAACGUAGGCGUCAGGCUAGGCGAGAUCGGGCCACCUCCCAACGUGAUAUGACUGCCAGUCAAACCCAUCCUUGGGCAAACGACCGAGGAGGAGAAAGCACUUUUACGGCACCGGCAUCACCGAUGAAAAAGAAAAGGAACUCAAAGUGGCAUGCGUCCUUUCCUUACUCUUUAAGACCAUCCGAAUGUUCGGAUUGCUCUAACAAACAUUUCAGAAAGUGCAACGAGCCCCCGAUGUGCUACAAAUGUGGGAGCACAACCCAUAUGAAAUUAAGUUGCCCAUGGUGGAGGCAACGAGGGACAUCGCAAGCCGAGGAAGGGCUCACCGUGGAAGGAAACCAUACGGAACCAACGACGAGCAACGCUACGUCCGUCAAUCAAGGCGGGGCCCAAGCAAGGGUCUACGCAAUGACCGAGGCGGAUGCGCGAGCAAACAUGGACUCCGUUGCAGGUUGAAGCUAGGGCUUGCUACUUGCACCUUCUCACGGGUGAUAUCAAAUCAGGAAGACGUGGUUCGUGCUUCCUUAUUUUCUUUCAAACUACCGAACACUUGCUCAUGGAUAUUUGUUUUAAUAUAAACUAUUUUUGGGGCUUGCAUGCCCAUGUUGUUGGCCGGUUGUGGCCCAUGACUUACCGUUGAAUAUUUCCGCUAUUCAUAGGUUUAAAUGUGAUGUUGUUAUGUAUGUUUACUACUGAGUAUGGA